AGACCACACCAAUUAUUCUCCUUUUGUUGCUCUUUUCUUCCUUCCAUUCUGUCUUUUUGUUUGUUUUCAAAUUCAAAGCAUCAAUUAAUAGAAGAAAAAUAGUGUCAUAUAUACCUACUAGUCCUCUCUUAUCUUUCUUCCACAAACACACCACAUUUCAUUGACUUCCCAUUUUUUUCUUACCAAAAUAUCUCAUUUUCUAACUUCCUUCCAUCUUUUUUUUUUUCAAAUUGAAUCAAUAAAAGAGUUGAUAGUAGUAGUGGCCAUGGAGGAUUAAUUUCAUUUUUGAUUCUUGGUAUUGAAGUGCUUUUCUUUUAGCUAAACAGUCGAAUUUUCCUUGUCCGUGCCGAUUCAAUCUCCUGAAGGAACCGUUCUCAGUCCAUCCUCGAUAGGCACGCGACAACCCGCUCUCCACGGGUCAAUUCUUAAGGAAAAAUCAAAUAAAAAGAAAUAGCUGAAAUGGACGGUGGUGAUCAAGUUAUAAGACGACGAAAGAGUCUAACUGAACGGCUAGGAUUAAAAGGAAUUGGAUGUUGCGGGUCCACUUGGGGUAUCAUGCCAGCAACGUCGUUUAAUGUCGUUGACGACGAAGAUGAAAACGACGACGUAGAAGUGCAGAGUCAUCAUAUCCACACACCGCCAGAAACAUUGUCUGCUACGACAACAUGUCUGGCGGUGGGAGGAGGUAGUUCCGGUAUGAACUUGGCAGCCGCAUUGGCCGCAGAACGCCACUUCAGAGCGGACUAUGACAAUGAUGAAAUCAACAUUCACACGGGCUCAAGGCCCAGCCCGAACUCAAAUUCAGGCCCAUUGAGGCCCGUUGAAAGCAGUCAGAGAAAUGUACCAACACAUGACAAUAAUGAAAUCAACCUUCAUUCAGGCCCAAGGCCUGGUUCAAACUCAAAUUCGGGCCUGAGGCCCGAUGAAAGUGGCAGCCCGGGGAAUAUGCUCGGGACGCCGACGAGAAUGUCGUUGAUGAAGUUGUUAGAGGAAACAGAGAUCUAUGAAGGAGAAUUAUUAAUGGAAGAUGAGGAGGUGGGGGUUGGUAGUGAUAGUGUGUGUUGUGUGUGCAUGAGAAGGAAAAAAGGAGCAGCAUUUAUACCAUGUGGUCACACAUUUUGCAGGGUGUGUUCAAGAGAGCUUUGGGUAAAUCGAGGUUGUUGUCCACUUUGUAAUAGAUCUAUUCUUGAAAUUCUCGACAUUUACUAAGAAAAAAAAAGAAUCCAAUGUUAGUUAUGUGGAUUUCUCAAAUACUUAUACAAUGUAAGAAAUUAUUUUCAUGAAUGUUGGGAAACAGAACUAUUUCCUCUAUUUUAUAUUAAGU